AUGAGUCAUCAUGGCUGCGGCGACCGCGAUCCUCAAUCUUAUCGCAACAUCUGCAGUCUUUCCAAGCCUCAUCACUACUUCCUACCUACAAUCAAACACAAAACUCGCCAGUCGCACCCUCGUACUAUCUUCUCGGGAACUGCUUCUGACACACCCAAUAUGGCUUCUUCAAAUGUCAACGUCCUAUUGUCGUCCUUUCCGGGACUGUCGCUGCCAGCGACACUUUCGUUCACCUUGCCAUCGACAGCGAGCACAUCAGACCUGACGGCCAAGAUCGCAUCAUAUCUCCCGUCAUCACUUUCUCUUCAGUCGCUCGUCCUUACUACAACAAAUAACAAACACCUCACGGCCACCUCCGAAUGUAUCCAAUCUUUACUCCCGACCCGCGAUGGCGUCUUUACCUCUACACUCCUUCCGCUUCGCCUGACUGCCCCCACCUGUGGUGGUAAAGGUGGUUUCGGCUCCCAACUGCGUGCCGCUGGUGGCCGCAUGUCCAGCAAGCGCAAGCGCAAUCAAGGUGACAACAAUGGCUCCAGUCGCAACCUCGAUGGCCGCCGACUACGCACUGUCAACGAGGCAAAGGCGCUCGCGGAGUACCUUGCUGUCAAGCCAGAAAUGGACAAGAAAGAAAAGGAGGAACGCCAGCGCCGAUGGCAGUCCGUGGUGGAGAUGGCCGAAAAGCGCCAAGACGAAGUGAAGAACGGCAACGGCAGGCAGAAGCUGGAUGGACAGUGGAUGGAAGACAGGGAGGAAAUGAGCGAAAAGACCCGUGAGGCAGUCCUACGGGCUGUGAAGGAUGGCGAAUGGACAGACAAUCUUCGCGACGCAAUUCUGGGUGGAUCCAGCACCAGCGCCAGCGACGAGGGCAGUGAGGAGGAUGCUUCAUCCAGCGAGGACGAAGAAAGCGAGGAAAAUGGAGAAUCAUCCAAUGCUGUUGCUGGGCCCUCUGUGCCUCAAAAGGCUGCACCCAGGAAGUUCAUUGGUUUCGAUGAUGACGACGAGUUCAUGAGCGACUCCGAUGACGAGGUGGAUGAAUCUAGCAAGGGAAAGGGAAAGGCGCGUGCUUGA